CAAGUCGGUCAAAGAGAUGCCACAGCCAAAGCAAUAGCCCAAACAAACGAACGAAAACCCCGCUGACGUAAGCAACCGUGCAAAAACCCAAUAAACUAACAACCAAAAAUCUCUUUCGCGUGAGUUUUGUCUUAACGACAGGAGAGACCAAAUCUAGCCCCUUUUGUUCGGUUUUAUUUUUUUAUUUUUUAUUUAAAAAAAAAACCUUUUCAUCAGUUUUAUGUUACUUCCUCUUGUCCUAAAGUCCAGAAUCAUCGUCGCUAUCUAAAGAAACCGACUUCUAAAUUUAAAGAAAAGAAACAGGAAGAAAAUCCUCCACACUCACCCGUGCUCAAACAAGGGAAAAUAUUUUUAGGUUGAUUAGGGGUAGGGUUUCUUCUUGGAGUAAAGUAAAGUAAAAAGCUCACACAAGAUGCAGCAGCCACCGCAAAUGAUCCCUGUGAUGCCUUCAUUUCCACCUACUAACAUCACUACUGAACAGAUUCAGAAGUACCUUGAUGAGAACAAGAAGUUGAUUUUGGCAAUUUUGGACAACCAGAAUCUUGGAAAACUAGCUGAAUGCGCCCCGUAUCAAGCUCAGCUGCAAAAGAAUUUGAUGUACUUGGCUGCGAUUGCGGAUGCACAACCACAGACAACACCAACGAUACCUCCUCAGAUGGCGCCACAUCCUGCAAUGCAACCAGGAGGAUAUUUUAUGCAACAUCCUCAGGCUGCUGCAAUGGCACAGCAACCUGGUAUUUUCUCCCAAAAGGUGCCAUUACAAUUCAAUAACCCACAUCAAAUGCAGGAUCCACAGCAGCAGCUGCAUCAGCAGCAUCAACAAGCCAUCCAAGGGCAAAUGGGAAUCAGACCUGGAGGGCCCAAUAAUGGCAUGCAUCCCAUGCAUGCUGAGGCUGCUCUUGGAGGUGGCAGCAGUGGUGGCCCACCUCCAGGUUCAGGCCCAAAUGAUGCACGUGGUGGGAACAAGCAAGAGGGCUCUGAGGCUGGUGCUGAUGGGCAGGGGGUUACCACUGCUGGGCAUGGUGGUGGUGAUGGAGCAGAGGAGGCAAAGUAACUGCCCUAAUCGGUUGUUUUAAUUGGAUACUUGUGGCUGUUGAUAGUAGGCGUCUCUUACGGUAGGAGUUGUAUUGCUCUGGUGAUCUUUGAUAUACAGUGUUAGAAUUAAAAUUUUCUUUGUUGCUCUUUAAUAUAACAGUUUAGGUAGGUAACUUUUGUUGAGGUUCUUGGCAUGCCAAUUAAUUAAAGAACAGGUGGUUAGACACAGACGGUUUAGUUGUAAAAGGAGGAGGCUUAAAGCAUGUGGUCACUGCCUCCAGUGCUGUUAUUUUGUAAUAACCUAUAAAAGCUUGCAGCGUGUAUCAGAAUUGUGAUCCAAUUGAAGUUUCCUUGGUUGUUAUUGGAAAUGGUUUGUGUA